AUGGCGACCGACGUUUCAACCAAUUUAAACGACAACCUGUUAAAAGAGAAAAUCUUUAACUGCAAGAUUUGCGAUGAGCUCUGCAUUUCCGAUAUAUUUUUAAUAAUCGGUAAAGGGAAUGUGUGUUCGAAAUGCUAUGAACAGUGCGAAGAUAAAUCGAGAGCAGAGUUAAAUUCCGCUCUUAUUUUUGUCAUGUCGCAGCUUAUUUUGCCGUGCAAGUACGAAUUUAAGGGCUGCAUUAAAAAACUGACAUGUAAAAAUUAUGAAAGGCACAUCAAUGUUUGUGAAUACAAAGUGAAACCUUGUCCGAUGCUGAUGUAUGAUGAUUGCAAAUGGAAUGGAAAUAAUUUAGAAAUAUCCGAACAUAUUUCAACAGAACACACAGAGCAUGUAAUAAAAAGUGAAAAUAACAUUUUUAAAGUUGAGACCUCCUUAUCUGAAACAUAUAACAUAAAAUUAUUGAUUGGUGACUACAAAAGCUGUCUUCUAAAAACUUCAAUUGUCGAUAAUAAGUUUUACUAUGCUAUGAAUCCCAUCUUUCAAUGUAAAGAAAAUGUUGAGUAUUCGGUAAAACACAAAAGUAAAGAAACACAGAACAGUUCAACAACUGUAGGCACCCUUACCAAGUUAAAUAGUAUUUAUAGUGAAUCAAACCUGCAUAAAAAUCCCAAUGCAACCAUUGUAGAUAUGGAUUUAUUAAAACAUCUUGCAGAUGAAAACAAUACAAUAGUCAAUGAAUUUAAUUUAAAUCCAAGUGGUAUUGAUGAAAAAACAUUAAAACUACUGGAAUGUCCUGUCUGUUUUAACACAAUGAGACCACCAAUUUAUCAGUGUUCAAGUGGACACAGCAUCUGUAUUUUGUGUCAUGACAAAGUACAGAAAUGUCCCACAUGUGAUGCUCAGUGGGCAAAAUCAAGAAAUUAUAUAAUAGAAGGUUUAACUUACAAUUUAAAAUAUCCCUGCCGUUUUAAAGAAUUGGGAUGCAAAGAAUUUGGUACAGAACUUCAAGUAAGCAAGCACGAAGAAUCUUGUCCAGUAAAUAACAAGCCAAAGGGAAAGGGCAGGGCAUCUGGUUCAGGCAAAAAAGCUCCCAAUAGGAAGGCAAAAAACCCCAAGAAUUCAACCAAUGAAGGGGAAGAUGAAAGUGAUAGCUCUUCUAAAAAUGAACCUUUGGCCAAGAAGGCUAAGGGUAAAAAACCACCCACUGAUGAUGAGAUUAAAGCCUACAUCAAAAACCUGCUAGAAGGAGCGAAUUUAGAAGAAAUUACCAUGAAAGAUGUGUGCAUAAACGUUUUUUCCCAUUAUCCAGACCUUGUUUUUUCUCUUAAAAAAGAUUUUAUUAUAAAAACUAUUAAAUUGUUUUUAACAACGUGAACUUAUUAAUGAUUUAGUUAGAAAGCAUUAAUAACAUUUCCAAUAAAUUAUGUACCUAUACCAUAAAGAAUGUUAACAGAAUUUAAUGGAGAAAAAC